AUGUCGUCUUCGAACGGAGCUGGUAGUGGAACUUUCUACAUGCUGCAAGCGUUGGUACUUCUCUGGACGAUUGCAGUAGUAUCGGGAAACAAGCGAUAUUGUGGUGCCGAGCUGGUCAAGGUCCUAUCCUUCCUGUGUGACGAGUUCCCCGAUCUGCAUACUUCGAGCAAGAAAUCCAUGGACACCUUCAUGAAGACGGACACCAGCAACGACGAGUGGAUGAAUGCGGACGACAGCACGCAGCAGCAGCAGCAGAUGAUACUGGAUCAGCAGCUGCAAUCGGUCGGCAUGAUGGACGAUCGGGCCUCUGUACCGGCCUGGAUGAACAUGGUGUAUCCGACGAACUACAUGUACCGACAUGGAACAGGACACAACGAGCUGAUACCCGCACGGUUCCGUAAAAGUCGCGGAGGCAUUGUAGAGGAGUGUUGUUUGCGACCCUGCGGCAUGAAUCAGUUGCUGCAGUACUGUAAGAAGGCCAGCUCAUAUUAA